UCUUCUCUCUCUCAUCAUCUCUAUUUUCUCUCUCUACACUUUUUCUCACAUCUAUCUGCACUUUUUAUCACUUUACAAUCUCUUUUAUUGAUAUUUAAUUGUCUGCGUCACCACACACACUCACACGAAGACGACUUCUCCUCCCCAUAGCUAACUCACAGAGAGAGAGAGAGAGAUGAGCUUCUGGAAAGGUCGAUCGCUUCUUUUUCGCUAGGGUUCCUGUACGCGAAAUUCUGCUGAAAAAGAGCUCUGUCCUUUUGGUCCCUGUUGUCCUCUGUUUUCGGCUAUGAUUCGAUUAUUUCACAUCUUUAUUUAGAGUAAGCAGUUGCUGGUGGAUAUCUGUAUGAACUCUUGGUGAUGGAUUGAUGUCCAUUUAAGAAGCUAUUCUGUUCAUAGUUAUAUAGUUUCAGAAGAGGUUGAGUAACUUGGGAAAAAAAAAGUACGAGCUUUCUCCCUCAUUGGAUUGGUGUUUUAUUCUAGUAAAAGAAGGGUUAGCUGAAGCAUGGGUCACCUAUGUGAUUUCUGUGGAGAGCAAAGGUCAAUGGUGUAUUGUCGAUCGGAUGCAGCUUGCUUAUGUUUAUCCUGUGAUCUCAAUGUCCAUUCUGCAAAUGCCCUUUCAAGGCGUCAUUCUAGGACUCUUGUGUGUGGAAGAUGCAAUUCACAGCCUUCAUUUGUUAGAUGUGUCGAAGAGAAUAUAUCACUUUGUCAGAAUUGCGAUUGGCUGGGGCACAUUGGCUCUCCCUCAGCUUCAACUCAUAAGAAGCAGACAGUUAAUUGUUAUUCCGGUUGUCCUUCGGCUGAAGAGCUCUCUACGCUCUGGUCAUUUGUUUUAGAUGAGCCUUCUUUGGGUGAUGCAACUUGUGAAAAGGGAAUGAGUUCAAUGAGCAUUAACGACAAGAGUCUGAUAAACUGCACAGAACCUUUACAAAGUAAUGAUGGGCAAGAUGUAUCUGUCUUGAUCGAAGUGAAUGACGUGAAGAAUAUUGAGAAGUCGAGUGUUUGGACGGGUUCCUCUUCAAUGCCACAGCUGAAUAUCAAGCCAGAAGCUGUAGAUCACCCUGUGGGAUUGACAAAUUCGACUUCAUCUAAGAUGCGCUGUCCUGGAACAAAAGCACCUAGUUUAAAUGAAAUUGAUGAAUUUUAUGAGGACUUCAAUAUGGAUGAAGUUGACUUGAAUAUUGAGAACUAUGAAGAUCUAUUUGGUGUAGCUCUUCAUAAUCCAGAGCCACUUUUCGGUAAUGAUGGGAUUGACAGCUUGUUUGGAGUUGAGGACAUGUCUGGUGCUGAUAUGAACUGUCAGGGCACAUGUGAAGCUGAGGGGUCAUCAAUUGGACAGGGUAAUAUCAGGCAGCCAGCUUGCAGCAAUGCAGCGUCUGCUGAUUCCAUGCUGAGCUUUAGAACAGAACCAAACCUUUGUUUUGCAAGGAAAGCCCACUCCAGCCUCUCAUUUUCCGGUCUUUCAGUAGAGAGCAGUGCUAGAGAGUAUCAAGAGACUCAAGAUUGUGGUGCUUCUUCAAUGCUUCUCAUGGGGGAGCCUCCAUGGGGCCCUCUGGGUCCUGAAUGUUCGUCCAUCCCUUCAAGUAGGAGUGAUGCUGUUAUGCGUUACAAGGAAAAGAAGAAGAAACGCAAAUUUGAAAAGAAGGUAAGAUACGCUACUCGCAAGGCAAGGGCUGACGUAAGGAAGCGUGUGAAGGGGCGCUUUGUCAAGGCUGGUGAUGCUUAUGAUUAUGACCCGUUGAGCCAAACAAGGAGCUGCUGAUUGCACAAUUUUACGGAAUGAUGAUGUCAAGCUGGAAGAGACUCGUGCAUUGUUUUCCUUUGCACUUACACAUCUCACAGGAGCUUCUGUUGUCCAAAGUACAUAAAAAAGGAUGAAGAAAUGCUCUCUCAUUGCCUCACCAAUGAAAUUCAAUAUGGAGAAAUCUGAUUCUCCGGUAUAGAGAAAGAAAGGAUGUAUUGUGACAUCAUCUGAUGAUGAAGAGGAAAUUGCUAUUACCAAAACAACGAAAGCCUACCUUUUAUAGUUGGAACCAUGCUUAGUAUAAGUUAGGUGAACUAUUUAUCCCAUAAUUUUUUCCGCAUCUGUAGCCUGUGUGGCCUAGUUAUGGUCAGUAGCCAAACUCAGUUGCCAGGUGAGAUCGAAAGAUUCGUGUAAUAAUUUUCCCCAGAGUUCUAUAAGAAUGCAUAAUACAGGAUCAAUGUUUGGUUCGGCAGGAGGGCAGGUGCCAUACCGAACUGUAGGUAUCAUUCAUUUUCAGCUGUGUACAGCAUAAAUCAUUACACUGUAGCUGUGAGAGACAACCAGUUUGUAAUGAGUCUCUAGUAGUUCAACAUGCUCGAUGAACUUCCGAUUUCUGUAACUACAGCGUCGAGCAGUUCAUAUUGAUAAGAACGUGUAAAAUUUUACUGUGGAAUUGAUCGCUGCGAAAGCUGUGAUAGACCGUAUGAUUAUCAGGAUUCUACCUUUUUUUUUU